CUAGUCCUCUCUCUCUCUCUCUCUGGCUGUGGGUGAAGUCCGCUCAGUCCCUUCUCAUGAUCAUCCAUCGUUAUCACCUUCCUCUUCUUUUCUACACACUCACACAUCAGUCCCUACUCCACCAACCCGCCUCCUAGCAGCUUAGGUUUUCGUCCCAUGGCCUUUCUCCUUCAGAUUUAUUGAAUUCCGAUUCGGUGGGUUUCGGUCCAUCCCCUUUUUUCCUUUUCUUUUUGUUUUUUUGGCUAAAACCUCUCGCCUCCUUUCCCAAAUGUCCUCUCGUCUCGAAACCAUCCACAAUUGGACCGUCUCCACCACCACCACCGCCAAUUCCAUCAAGCGCAAGCUGGACGACUUUCACAGCGACUCUGAUGAUUCCGACGACGACGACUUGUUCUCCCUAGGAAACUCCUUCUUCCCCGCCUUGGCCAGGAUGCGAAAAGACCAUCUUGCCCCUUCCUUCACCUGCCCCCGUCCUCUUCAUCCCUCCCAACCCUCCCGAUCAUCUUCACCCUCGUCCUCGGAAUCGUCAGCUGCCGCCGUUGCCUCCUCCGAUGACGACGACUCCAGCGGCGGCGGCAGCAGCGCCUCCUCCUCCUCCUCCUCCUUCUUCGCUCCUGGACUCCAGUUCUUUGUACGGAUGCUCUCCGGCGGUAAGACGCUCGUCAUCCACGCCGAUCCUUCCGACUCCGUCAAGUCAGUUCACGAGAAAAUUCAGUCGGUCACCGGAAUUCCUAUCGAGGAGCAGAGGCUAAUUUACCGGGGGAAGCAGCUCCAGUGGGAGCAGUCGCUGUCGGAAUGUGACGUCCAAAACGACACCGGCUUGCAACUAGUCAGCCGCAUGCGCAGCACUAGGCAUCCCAAUGCUUGGCACUGCGUCGACGAUAUGUUGUCCAAAAUUUUACAUCUUUACAAGGGCGACCGGACCCGACCCGUGGGGCCUACCGUGAAAUCGCGCCUUGCCGAAUUCCUCAACGACAUUCCCCAGAAAGAUGAAGACGUAGAAUCAUCCAUCUCUUACCUCCAGAUAUUCCUUUCGUCUUCUGUGCCUGCCGCCCUGGUAAUGCUUUACUUGUCACCUGUAAAGAGUAAUAGAGAUUGUGCUGAUGAUUGCAUUAAGCAUUUCAUCCAGAAUUGCAAGACCUUUUGCAAGGGACAGGUUUACGGGCAUUUGGCUCACUUAGUUUUAGAGUUCUGUAAGUUAUUGGGUAGGGGAGCUGGGAUUGAGGACCCUUUGUACAAUACUUGUCGUAGUUGCUUAGGUUCGAUGGUAGAAUAUGUUGGCUUUGGGGGCAGGGAGACUAAAAUGUCCAAGGAUGGAGGUAUUGCUGUCAUAGAGAUAUUUACAUUUCUUCGUGAGUUGGCGGGUAGGUUGUCACAGGACUUAGCAUCGAGUUUAGAGUCAAGCACAGGUGGUGGACCAGCAGUAGGUGAUGUGCUCGAUUUUGUUGCCUUUUCAUUUCCGAUAAGGAAUACAAUUGCAUUUCACUUGGGCAUUAAUAGGCUCCGUGCAGCUGCUGGUGGUGGUGGUAUUGCUGGGCAGUGUAACGUACCAUAUUAUGCUGAUGAGAUAAAAUCUCUGCGUGUAAUUUUUGAUGAUUUGUUGGGGAAGAUGGACCUAUGCUUAAAGAAAUUGGAGGAGCAUUUGGCAGCUGCUGAGAAAGGGAAGGGAGAGCAUCUUUUACCUGGUUGGUGCCAGUAUCUUACUAUUUUGAAAGAACUGGGUAGCAUAUCAAAAUUGUACAAGGGUGCUGAGGAGAUAUUUUGGACACAUAUGGGGCAAAGAAAGGUGGCGUUAUGUUAUCUGGUUCUCAAAUUUGCAAAGAGGAGUGAUGAUAAUGAUUGGAUUACUGACCAUAAGGAAGUGACUAACUUUGAGGUGAGGAGGCAUUUAGCAAUGAUGUUACUGCCUGAGGUAAAGGAUGAUUAUGAGGAGCUGCAUGAGAUGCUUAUUGAUAGGUCGCAGUUAUUAUCAGAGUCAUUUGAAUACAUUGCCAAUGCAGCCUCUGACUCAUUGCGUGCUGGCUUAUUUAUGGAGUUCAAGAAUGAGGAAGCUACUGGACCUGGAGUGUUGCGGGAGUGGUUUUUCUUGGUUUGUCAAGAAAUCUUCAAUCCUCAAAAUGCUCUCUUUAAGGCUUGUCCAAAGGAUCGCAGAAGGUUCUUUCCAAAUCCAGCAUCUAAGGUGAACCCUCUGCACCUUGAUUACUAUAAAUUCUGUGGCAGAGUGAUAGCAUUAGCGUUGAUGCACAAAAUACAAGUGGGCAUAGUCUUGGAUCGUGCAUUUGUCCUGCAAUUAGCUGGAAAGGGUGUUUCAUUAGAGGACAUACAGGAUGUAGACCCAUACUUGUACAAUAGCUGCAAGCAGAUACUGGAGAUGGAUCCUGAGGUUGUGGAUCAAGAUGUUCUUGGUCUGACAUUUGUUCAAGAAGUUGAAGAAUUGGGCACCAGGAAGGUUAUUGAGCUUUGUCCUGAUGGGCAAAACAUUGUUGUGAAUAGCAAAAAUAGGAAGAAGUAUGUUGAUUUUCUCAUUGAGCAUCGCUUUGUUACUUCAAUUUCUGAGCCUGUAAGGAAAUUUGGUGAAGGUUUUUCCAACAUUAUGAGUGGCUCAAGCAUUCACAUUCACAAAUCCUUUUUCCAAAGCCUGGAGCCUGAAGAUCUUAACUGGAUGCUACGUGGGAGUGAAAAUGCCAUUUCUGUGGAAGACUGGAUAGCACAUACAGAAUUGAAUGGCUACAAAGAUACUGAUCCUCAGAUAUCCUGGUUCUGGAAGAUUGUUGAACAAAUGUCAGCUGAGCAGAAAAAGAUUCUUCUCUUCUUUUGGACCUCAAUAAAACAUUUACCUAUUGAGGGUUUUGGUGGUUUGGCUUCUAAAUUAUACAUUUACAGGACUCUUGAGCCUAAUGAUCGCCUGCCUUCCUCUCAUACCUGCUUCUACCGAUUAUGUUUUCCACCAUACCCUUCUAUGCCCAUUAUGCAGGAUCGGCUUUCUCUCAUCACUCAAGAGCAUGUUGGUUGCAGCUUUGGCACGUGGUGAUAACUGGAAAUGCUAGGACUUUGAACUGCACAUAAAGAUCUUUAGCCAGCCUGUACAGAAUAUAGAAAUUCUUCUUUUUGUUCUCAUCUCAAGGUUUGGAACUUUGGAUGGAGGUGUUGUUCCAAUUCUGUCUACUUCCAGAAAGGUUGUAAUUUGGUGGUCUCCUCAUCCAUCAAUUGUUUAUAUUGAUAUAGUAACAAUAAAUAGUCAAGGCUGAAAGGAUUAAACAUCAACUGAAUUUUUGGUUGGUCCUGUCUGAGCGUUAUUUUCCUUGUUUCUAGGCGUAGGGAUCAAA